AUGUGGACUAUGUGGCAAUUCCCAUUCUGCUGGGCUGCGCCGGAUGGAUGUCACAUACCGAUUAAAAGCCCACCUGGUGGAGCCGAGGCGUGUAAGGAGUACCACAAUUUUAAAAAUUUUUAUUCUGUGGUUUUAUGGCUAUGGUUAUUCAAUUAUAGAUUCAUAUGGGGUAGUUGUGGUUUUCCAGGGAACUCCCAUGACUCUAUUAUCUUCCAGGCUACGGAUAUGUGGGAUAAAAUUCAGAAUCGUGGAGCUGUUCCAGAUAUUGGGAAGAAGGAAGCAGAUAUAACUAUUCCUCCAUUAAUUGUAGCUGAUUCAGCAUUUCCUUUACAACCAUGGUUAUUAAAGCCAUUUACAGAAGCUGUUUUAAAUGACAAAAUGAAAAACUUUAACUAUAGACUAAGCAGGGCUAGAAUGGUUACAGAAGGAGCAUUUGGACAACUUAAAGGAAGGUGGAGAAUCUUGAUGAGAAAGAAUGAAAGCACUCCAGAAGAAGUUACCAUAAAUACACUAUCAUGCAUGGUGUUGCAUAAUAUUUGUAUUGCAAGGGGGGAUGCAAUUUCUUCUGCAUUGGACCUUACCAUUGACCCAAUUACCAAUGCCAGAAAAUCAAGUGAAAAAAUUAGAGAUGAAUUACACAUGAGCAAGUGUAGAAAAAACCAAAGAAAUUCCAACGCACAAGCAAAUAAAGUAAGAAAUGCUCUUGCAGACAAACUGUGGAGAGAAGUUUUAAACUGA